AUGGCUGCAGCAAGGUGUUUCGACGAGACAUUCGUAGCCCCUCAGUGGCUUCCUGGAGGUGAGGCGUUUUGGUAUCGCCGGAAGACGGGCGAGAAGACUGCCAAAUUUAUCCUUGUCGAUAUUCCCCGCAAGGCAACCCGUCCUGCGUUCGACCACGCGCGGCUUGCCAACGCGCUGGAGAAGUGUGCGGGAGAUGCCAAGAUUGACCCGGAGGAGCUCCCGUUUUCUUGGAUAGAGCUGGAGGACUCCAGUGUCCGAUUCCGCUUUGAGGGGCAGAUCUGGCAGUAUCAGCCUGGGAAGAGCCUGGUGAAGUGGCCAGGCGAGUUUACCCAAGGAAACAAGACGCUCAUGCGAAGGCAAGAACCUUCUACUAGCAAUCAUGCAAGCGAGAUUGCCUCGGUUAAUUUCAUCAACUCUACAAGGGCCACUUUAAACUUGUACCAAGUCAACGAGGAGGGUGUAGAAAAGUUUUUCAUGCCCUUGUCAGUAGGGAAGAAACUGGUUCAGAAAACACAUGCCGGACUGUUCUGGAGAAUUGAAGAUCGUGAUUCGGGCCAGUUGAGAGGUAUUUACCGUGUGCCGGAUGUGGGACACAGUACUGUUGUUGUGGGCGAGGUCGAUGUUGAUGAAUAUCUAGGCCCUGGGAAUGAUCUUCCUGAGGGAUGGUCACAGCGAAGGAAUAGCAAUGGUCGCAUCUAUUACCUCGAUCACAACACCAAAACCACUCACUGGGACCAUCCUGCCAUCUUGCGUGAUUUUGGGGAUCAGGAAGCCAUUGUAAAACCCAACGGCGAUACAAAGGGCAAUGAAGGCAAUGAAGGGACGCGGACCCAGCAGACGGAUGAUGACAAUACAUCAUCAGCGAGCUGCAAUGACCAAAUCAACAGAGGAGGCCUUCAAUUAUUUGUUCAAAAAGGCAGCCUGUGGCUAAAAGAUAAAGAUGGAAACAAGAACCGGCUAUCUGAGGCAAACCCAAAAGGCUCUCGUUAUGCGAAUGAGACGAUCUAUAUAUCUCCCGAUAAGAAGUUUCUUAUCGCCUGGCAAUAUACACUUCCUACAGAAACUGAAGAAUUCUGGAUUGAAUAUAGCCCUGAUGAUUCAAAUCACCCAAGACUAGUUGAAACCCCGAGCAAGUUGCUCGGGGAUGACCCAGGGUUUGACCGGCCUCGCUUAUUUAAUCUUGCCUUGAAAUGCGAGAUCGAGACUGCGGACGACGUUUUUCUCGACCAGUAUCAGCUACACCAUCUGGGAUGGAGCCCGGAUGGUUCAGAGUAUCGUCUUAUAUUUGAUGGACGUGGGCAUCGGGUUUUGAAAAUUCUAGGCAUCGAUCAAACCGGAUCCAUCCGAGUGUUGCAUCAAGAAGAGAGUCAGACAUUUAUCGAUGUUACAUCCAAGAUGUACCAUAAGGUACUUGAUAAAUCCGACAGACUACUUUGGGCCAGCGAGAGAGAUGGAUAUAACCACCUCUAUUUGAUCGAUUUACAGCAGGGCAGAAUACAGCAUCAGGUCACACAGGGGCACUGGAACGUGCAAAUGGUCGAAUUAGUUGAUGAAGAGAAUGAGCAAGUCUGGGUUUCUACCUACGGGUUUCAUAGAAAUGAAGACCCAUAUCAUGUACACCUAGUACGUGUCAAUUUUGACGGUUCCAAUAUUCAGUCCCUGACAGAGGGUGACGGAACGCAUUCGUGGAGCUGGCCGAUGGAUGGUCGGAAGUAUUUCGUUGAUUCUUGGUCCCGAGUUGACCUCCCACCGCAGACCAUGGUACGGUGCGGCGUAACAGGUGUCCCAAUAUUGAAAAUCGAGGGGAUAACUGCCAAGGCAUUGAAACAAAAGGGCUGGGUUCCGCCAGAGCGAUUUCAAUGCCCUGGUCGAGACGGGACAACACCUAUAUACGGUAUCAUCAUCAAACCAUCCAACUUCAGCAAGUUCGGCAAGUUCAAGGCCCGCAAGUAUCGGAUUGUCGAAGAUAUUUAUGCAGGGCCAUACGACUUCUUCACACCGAAGAGCUUUGGUGAAGUGAUACACGAGCCUGCCUGGUCGGGAUGCGGCUACGUGUCUAUCCAGUUAGAUGGUAUGGGCACCAAUUGGCGGUCUAAGAAGUUCCACGACGUCUGCUAUAAAAAUCUCAUGGAUUCUGGGUUUCCAGACCGCAUUAAAUGGAUAAAAGAGGCAGCCAAGACCCGCUCCUGGAUGGAUCUCAGCCGGGUAGGGAUAGUAGGCUCAUCCGAAGGAGGCGCAAACGCUGCCGCUGCUUUACUACAUCACGGACAUUUCUAUAAAGUCGCCAUCUCCAGCUGUGGUGCGCAUGACCAGACCCUUUCUAAUUUGUGGUGGUCAGAGCAGUGGUUGGGUUAUCCAGCCGAUAAGGCGGCCGUUGAAAAUUCAAACACAACCCACGCGAAGAAGCUCCCUGAAAAUGCAAAACUGAUGCUCAUUGCCGGAGGGAUGGAUCAUGCGCUGAGCCCUGCAUCAGUCAUGAGGUUUGUCCAAGAACUUAAUAAGUAUAACAAGAUGUAUGAGUUGGUUUUCAUUCCAGGUGGGGGUCACGAAUGCGGCUCGGAACCUUAUGGGCUCAUGCGAGCAGAAGCAUUCUUGAAAGCCAACUUGGGCUCUUGA